GACUUGUCAGUGUUCGACCGGCCGUCGCUAGUGAUAGUUGUGCACAGGACCCUCGGAUUUACAGGAUGAGAAAUUACAAAAGGAAGAGCGCACGAGGUUCCACGUCUCAAGAAGUAUUUGAGCUGGCAGCCGAAGAAAUUAUAACAAAUAAUAGAAAAUUUAGAGAUGUUGCUGCGGAGUAUGACAUCUGUCAUGUAACACUGUACAAAUACGUAAAGAAAAAAAAGGCGGGGAUUCCUGUUGAUGUGGGUUAUAAAAAAAAUCGUCUCGUUUUCAAUCUUGACCAAGAAAAAAUGAUAGCAGAUUAUUUAGUGAAAUGUUCUAAUAUCUAUUUUGGAUUGCUACCAGAUGAUGUCAAAAAAUUAGCUUAUGAGCUAGCCAUUGCAUACAAAAUAGAUAAUAUUCCAGAAUCUUGGAAAAGAGACGGAAAGGCUGGCAAAGAUUGGUUCGUUGGUUUUAUGAAACGCAACGCAUCCUUGUCUAUUCGGAGUCCUGAGGCGACAAGCUUAAGCAGAGCAACAUCAUUUAACCGUACAAAUGUUCAUUCAUUUUUUGAAAAAUAUCGAGAAGUUCUUCAACGAUACAAUAUAUCUUCGAGUAGAAUCUGGAACGUAGAUGAGACGGGAGUGACGACGGUGCAGAAACCCAAGAAAGUGGUAGCUUGAUUAUGAAAACUUUAGUAACUUUAAAACGUAUAGUUUAAUUUGUUGUUAACUGGUUUAUAUAUUUUUAAUAUAUAUAUUAUCUAUAAUACAAUAUUUUUGUUUGAGUAAAUGAUGUUUUAUUUAAGUAUUUCCUAAAAAAAUUGUCUCUGUUAAUAAUUGCCCCUUACGUUAAAACGUACCCCAGCUCCGUUAAUAUUUGCCC